CCACAAUGCAAGGAGCCCAGGAGGAGGAGGAAGAGGAGGAGGAGGAACAGGAGGGUGUCAAUGAGACACUGAUCCGAAAGCAUAAGCUUCCACUGUCUGCGCAGUCUGCUUUCAGCUACAUCCCACCCCGGCGCACAGACCCCCCGGAGCUCAGUUAUUUCCACCAGGAGUGCAAGCCAGGAACUGUUUCCUUGUACGACUGCAUCUUUAAAAGACCCGUUGGCUAUGAUGCGAAACUCCAUCGAUGUGACAGAGAGCACGCGAAGAGCAGAGGACUUCAUAUCAACGAUGAGGAAAAAGCAAGACCCGUGCCCGUCUUGGACUCCUCUGUGUAUGGGAGACGCAUUGAGAGGCCCGUGGAAGAGCUGAUCCGAGACCACGUGCGCAUCAACCAUGUGCAAGCCGAAUUCUAUAGGAAGAAUGGAAUCACUUGCUUGGUCGAAAAAUCUAACCAAAGCCUUGACCCAAUCUAAGGCCCCCUUGCCCCAGCACAGAGCCAAGAACGUUCCUUUGCCUUGGGGGUCGAUCUCUCCU